GCGCACCCGUCCCGCCGAGCGCCUGCCGCCAGGCCGCCCCGGUUUCCCUCGGCCGGCGCGCAGGGGAAGCGGACGGGAGGCCCGCGGCGUUUCCGGCCGCUUGGGUCCGGAUUUUUUCAGCAGGGGGAGAACUUUAUCCGUGGUCGACGAGGAGCGGUGGGGCAGCGCGGAGGUGGGGGAGGAUGAAGAUGCUGCUGCUCGUGAUGCCACCGGGAUGUGCCGCGCUCGGCGGUCUCUGGUGAGCGCCCGCCCGGAGGAGGCUGUAGUGGUGCUGUUGCACGAAGGAGCUUCCCGUCUGACUUAGCCCCGAUACGGGCGGUUGGGGGUUUUUUUCUCCUUUGAUUUUUUUUUUUUAAAUAUUUUUUCUUUGUUUUCUUCCCCGACGGGGCUGGUGGCUGGGCCGGUCCGGUCGAGCUACCGGGCAUUUUGAGGCGUUUUGUUGUGUCUCAGGGACCUCUCUGCAACUAACCGAAGAGUCUCUGCUGCGUGUGUGGUUCCCCCUCUUCUGCCCUCCUGCGUUUUGUGCAUGUGUUACUGGAGCGGCUCCCAUCGGGGCCGGCUGUGCAGUGUCGUUCCCCCCCCUCCGCUUCCUCCUCCUGCCUCCCUCCCUUGUUCAUCGCUCAGUGUCUUGCUGAUCAUCUGGUCCCUCCGCCGGCGUCUGGGAGCAGCGCACCCCUUCCUGAAGACUUUCUCUCGUCCCUCCGUCUUGCAACGGUCCCACUGCUGACACCGCGUCCGUCUUCCUCCGAGUGGAUCUUCCCUUCUUGGCAUGAGACAGAAGUGAGGAGAGGAGUCGCCUCCGCCCGGGGUUUCCGGCCUUAAGAUUUCAUCGGCAACUUGCGAGUCGAGAAAAGGGAAUUGUUCUCUCCUGCGGCAAAGAGCGGCUGCGGCUUCCCCCAAUUCCUCCCUCCCCACUCGCCCCGUCGGGUCCCGUCCCGCCGCACCCGACGCUGUGACCGCCGGCCGGGGCGCCGCCGGACGAGCGCGAAGCGGCGGUGGCCGUCCCGAGCGCGGCCCGCCCGACUGUCCCGGGCACCCCCUGCCCUCCGCGGCGCAUCAGCAACAAAGGACGCCGUGGCCGAAGGAUGUCCUGGCGGUUGGGGCACUGAGCCGCGCCUCACCCCGCGCCAGCGGAGGGAAGACGGCCGGCGGGUGUCGUGUUGCCCCUCCUGCGCCCUCGGUGCGCCGGGUGUGAAGCCGUGGGCAGGGCAGGGGGCCCGCCGUCAGAACCACCUGGCGAGGGAGCCCCACCGCGGCCGCAGCCAUGUUCCCCCAGAGCCGGCACCCCACCCCGCACCAGGCUGCGGGACAGCCUUUCAAAUUCACCAUCCCGGAGUCGCUGGACCGCAUCAAGGAGGAGUUCCAGUUCCUCCAGGCGCAGUACCACAGCCUUAAAUUGGAAUGUGAGAAACUGGCAAGUGAAAAGACAGAAAUGCAGAGGCACUAUGUGAUGUACUAUGAAAUGUCAUACGGAUUAAACAUUGAAAUGCACAAACAGACAGAAAUCGCCAAGAGAUUGAAUACAAUUUGUGCACAAGUCAUCCCAUUUUUGUCUCAGGAACAUCAGCAGCAAGUGGCCCAAGCUGUAGAACGUGCCAAACAAGUGACCAUGGCUGAACUGAAUGCCAUCAUCGGGGUACGUGGCCUUCCAGGUCUACCUCCUACACAGCAGCAGUUGCAGGCUCAACAUCUCUCCCAUGGCCAUGGACCUCCAGUGCCUCUAACACCACAUCCAUCAGGACUUCAGCCUCCAGGAAUCCCUCCACUUGGAAGCAGUGCUGGCCUUCUUGCCCUUUCUAGUGCUUUGGGUGGGCAGUCUCACUUGGCAAUAAAAGAUGACAAGAAGCAUCACGAUACAGAGCACCACAGAGACAGAGAGCCAGGCACAAGUAAUUCUCUGUUAGUCCCGGAUAGUCUGAGAAGCACAGAUAAACGCAGGAAUGGCCCUGAAUAUACUAAUGACAUCAAAAAGAGAAAGGUGGAUGAUAAGGAUUCCAGCCACUAUGACAGUGAUGGGGACAAGAGUGACGAUAACUUGGUUGUAGAUGUGUCCAAUGAGGAUCCUUCUUCCCCAAGGGCAAGUCCCAAUCAUUCACCACGUGAAAAUGGUAUAGAUAAAACCCGCCUGCUGAAGAAAGAUGCCUCUAGCAGCCCAGCAUCUACAGCCUCGUCAGGAAGUUCCACUUCCCUCAAAUCCAAGGAAAUGAGUCUGCAUGAAAAAGCCAGUACGCCUGUUCUGAAAUCCAGCACACCAACUCCUCGAAGUGAUGUGCCAACCCCAGGCACUAGUGCAACUCCAGGACUUCGUCCAGGCCUUGGCAAGCCUCCAACAAUGGACCCUCUAGUUAACCAAGCUGCCGCAGGUUUGCGGACACCGUUGGCAGUGCCAGGACCGUACCCUGCUCCGUUUGGAAUGGUACCCCAUGCUGGCAUGAAUGGAGAGUUAACCAGUCCAGGAGCAGCCUAUGCCAGUCUGCACAAUAUGUCACCCCAGAUGAGUGCUGCUGCUGCUGCAGCUGCUGUGGUUGCCUAUGGAAGAUCUCCUAUGGUUGGGUUUGAUCCUCCUCCUCACAUGAGAGUACCUGGAAUCCCUCCAAAUCUAGCAGGGAUUCCUGGGGGAAAACCAGCCUACUCCUUUCACGUUACUGCAGAUGGUCAGAUGCAGCCAGUUCCUUUCCCUCCUGAUGCCCUCAUCGGUCCAGGAAUCCCUCGCCAUGCCCGUCAAAUCAACACUCUGAACCACGGGGAAGUUGUGUGUGCGGUUACCAUCAGCAACCCCACGAGACAUGUGUACACGGGUGGGAAGGGCUGUGUCAAAGUCUGGGACAUCAGCCAGCCUGGCAACAAGAGCCCUGUCUCUCAGCUGGACUGCCUGAACAGAGAUAACUACAUCCGCUCUUGUAAGUUGCUGCCUGAUGGAUGCACCCUAAUAGUUGGGGGAGAAGCCAGCACAUUAUCUAUAUGGGACCUGGCAGCACCGACUCCUCGCAUAAAAGCAGAGCUGACAUCCUCAGCCCCUGCCUGCUAUGCUCUAGCUAUCAGCCCUGAUUCCAAGGUGUGCUUUUCCUGCUGCAGUGAUGGGAACAUAGCAGUGUGGGAUCUGCACAAUCAGACAUUGGUCAGGCAAUUCCAGGGCCACACAGAUGGAGCCAGCUGUAUUGACAUUUCUAAUGAUGGUACCAAGCUCUGGACAGGAGGUUUAGAUAACACGGUCAGAUCCUGGGACUUGAGAGAGGGGAGACAGCUACAACAGCAUGACUUCACGUCACAGAUAUUUUCCCUUGGUUAUUGUCCUACUGGUGAAUGGCUAGCUGUGGGAAUGGAGAGCAGCAACGUAGAAGUGCUACAUGUAAAUAAACCAGACAAAUAUCAACUGCACCUUCAUGAGAGCUGUGUAUUGUCACUCAAAUUUGCUUACUGUGGUAAAUGGUUUGUGAGUACUGGGAAAGAUAACCUUCUUAAUGCAUGGAGAACUCCUUACGGAGCCAGUAUCUUCCAGUCCAAAGAAUCUUCGUCAGUGCUUAGCUGUGACAUCUCUGUGGAUGAUAAGUACAUAGUCACUGGCUCUGGAGACAAAAAGGCUACAGUCUAUGAAGUUAUCUACUGAAAAAUAUGUUGGGGAUAAAACUUGUAGAAGUUGAACUGGGCCAAAAUUGUUCUUAAUUGUAGAAGUAGAAAGGUUUUGCCUUUUAAAAAGGAACAAAAGUAUUUGAGGUUCCAGAACUUGCCAUGAAACUACUACGAUUUUUCUAGAAGGCACCAUCCAGCAACAAAUUAUUGGCUUCGUGGACCAAAUGGAACACAGAGACAAGAUGGACAGAUGUAGCCUAGGUUUUUGACAGUUUCUAAAAGCCAAGUCUACUGAAGAAUGUUGGAGCCUUUUAUUUUUUCCUUUCUUUGUGACCUCAUGCAAAUUGUUCUCUUGCCUGAAUAUGGGGGAUAAAUACCUUUCUGUUCCUUGCAGUUCAAGUUGCAUUCUGUCCUGUGUAGAGCAGUGAUGUCUCAGAUGAACUUGUUUCCUAGUUUUGCAUCUUGUGAUAUGUUUUUGAAUUUUUGUUGAAGGUCAAACAUUUGUAUAAAUUGUAAAUAUAUUUAGUUUAUUACAGUAAAGGCUUUAGUACCAACAACCAGUCUUCCCCACCCCCUUGCCCCCUCCCUACCCACCCUGCUUAUUUAAAAUUAAAAACCUUUUGGGGAUAUUAAGUACCUUUUUAGAAGCAAAAGCAAACACUAUGUAUAGUUUGAAAAUGGUGUCUUAUUCUUUAUAAAACUCUUCCUAGAUUCCUUUACCAUACGUCAAAGUAGUUGUUUUGACAUAUUAGGGCAUCAAGUCCUGUAGAUACUGUCUUGUGUUGCAGAAAACUUAAAAGGCAAUUUUGUACUAAUUAUAGUGUAAAUAUAAAAAUCAAACAUUUCAUGAAGUUGUGCAGUUUAUUUUAAGUUUAUUCUGAUGUCCCACGUGCCUGCUCAUAAUUUGUUUGGUCAUUUCUUCAGAAGAAGAGGGGAAUUCCCUCUCCUCUCUCCCCCAACUGAACAGAAUUCAUGCAAGACUACAUUUCAGCUAAGUACAUCAGAACCUUUAUUCAUUUAACUGAGGAUAUCUGUGGUUAAACAAAGCUAGAUAAAUUCCAUCUGUGAUGUUUUACAGAGAAGUGGUAGUUAAUGACCAUUUCAUUUUUAAUGUCUAUACUUAGAUACUCAGGUAAAUUUAAUUAAAUUACCAAAAGUGAGUUUUACUGGGGAUGACUUUAAACGAUGUUAAAUACUUGCAGAGCUGCAAGUGAAGUGAACUAACCUAAAUUAAAUUAAACUCGUUUCUUAAUGUCUUGUGAGAAUAUUGACAAAGGAAUAUUUUUAUUUUUAACUCAUCCA